AUACCGUUUUUUCGCUCCGUUUACUCUGCGAUGGGGAACACCAGGGUCAGAAGGAACCGCUCGAUCUUUGUUUUCGAGUCUCCGAUUGCCCUGACUAGCAGUUCUCCAUAAUGCAGGGCCUGGCGGCGACGCAGCCGGCAGACGAAGGUGCCCAGGCGCAAACAUCGAACACAACCUUUUCAGAAAAGCGAGUAAAUAGGUUUCACCAGUUUCCAGAGUGUUGAGGAAAUGGGGGGAAAUUCGUUUACCCAGUUUCCAGGAGUUCGAGAGGGCGAUGAAGUUUGUUUAACCAGAUUCCUCGAGUUUCAGCCCAAUCUUUGAUAGUGAGAGGAAACGAGGCAUGUUGAAAUUUGAGGGGUCUCCUUAUGUUCGGUGUCCCCCGGAUUAGCUUCACAGGCCUCGAAACGGCUUUCAAAAAAACUGUCUGUACACGGCGGGGAACAGUGGCGGAAAUCUUCACAAGAGGGAUCGAGUUUCGCUCUCUUUUAUCCAUCUGUUUUCAAAGCCCGCAGACAGCGCUGUUGUCGGUCAACGCGAAAAUAGGACUAAAGAGUGAGCAAGCGAAAGAGGACUACCCAGGAAGAAAAAUGGAUUUUUGUAAAGGAACUGUUGUUUUGAAACGUGUCAUUGCUUUUAUGGUAGCGGCUUCCACGUUCUGUCUCUUUUUUGCAUUUGUUCUCUCCCUUUCUUCACAAUGUCAACGCGAAUCUGAGGAAAUCUCAGGUGCUUGUGUCCGAAUGUCUCGGACAAACGACGGAGGCGCUGCGAGGCCACAGCUGUCGUCGUAG